AUGGAGGAAUGUUUGUUUCGUGGUGUUGCUUGUCGCUUAUUACCCGGAGCCGUUUUUCAUGCGCAUUCAUCAUCGAACGAGGAUUCAUCUGUCUGGUCCGCUCGAGUUCAGCCGAAUGUUGUGAACGAUUUGUUAUCGUGUGGUCCAUCACAUAGACCCGGCGAAACUCAUUUGGUCAUCAAGGCAUUUGCAAAAGUUCCCGAUACCGAACUGUCUUACUCAGUGAAACCGGAGGCACCUUCUUGUUCUUCUUCGUCUUCUGUGGCUUCGUCUUUCUCGUUCUAUGCUUCGGGUCCUCGUAGAGGUGGCCGCUUGCACGGAGAUGAAGAUGAACCUUCGGGUUUCCGUGAACGGGAACCACUGAGUGAAGAACUGUUGCAUCGGGCGUUUGAACUGUUCGAAGAUCCAAUCGAUGUUCAAGCAUGGUGUUUUGGUCUCGCGGAGUACGGUUUGUUCGCCAGUGAAUUCACUCGUGAAUGCUCAUCGUUUCCUGAACAUGAUUGUGCAUUGUGGUCUCUGUCUUUUGACGGAAUGGAAGACAUCAAACUACGCUCGUUCGACCCCUUGAAUCUACAGACAACCGAGGAAACUGAAUUGCCAGAUCCAUGUAAUCUGAAGCAACAGCUUGGUUAUUCUGAUUUAGACAGCUGGGAGGUCGCGCACUACGAACUGCGGGAAUACUUGACAUCACUGGAAGAUCGGUUCACACCGGAUGCGUGUGCAUUACUCACAUACGAAUGCACCUCUCCCGAGUUGUCAACUGCUUUUGAGAAAACAGAACCAUGGGACAAUUUUGGAUUCCCUACAAACGCUUCCCAAUUGAACAUCUGGGAGCCGUUUGUCUGUGAUAAUGCUCUCAAAUCGCGCACCCCACAGAAUACUUCGUAUAUGGCAAAUACAACGGAAAUCAGUUCAUCAUCAGCGGAAUCGUUUCAUGAUGUAUACAAUGAGUUUUCUGUCGAUUUCGACGAGGUGGAUUGGGGUUACGAAUCCGAACCAAUGACUGAGCAAGAAUUACCUCCUAUUACUUUACCACCUGUAACCACCAUGUCAACCACAAGCGGCGGCGUUGCAGUAGCCGGGCUAAAUCUCAAACGUUCCGAAUCGAGUUCAGUAACCAAUGCGCAUACCCAUAUGGAGAAACCAGCUGAUGUUUCCAUUUCCCAAACAGCAACACGCUCGACAUCUUCAGGCCCUAGUUUGAAACGUCGCAAACUGGUCGGAGGUCCUGGUUCUAGAAGAGCAGCUGUCGCAGAACAAGUUCCUCCAUCGCCGUCCACUCUCGAUGAACCCGCUAUUCAUAUGCACAAUCAAGGUGAAGAUUCCGAUGUUUCCAUGGUACCUUCACCAUGUUCUAUAUCUUCCACUUCGCGAGGUGGAGUCAGCACUCGAGAACCUACAUCUGGUGUAACUGGAUCUGGCAUCGCUUCCGGUGGUGGCUUUGCAGGUGGUGCUGUACUUACUGGAAACGUCAACAACAGCACUGGCAACACAAACGGUACAGUUCUGACCACCAUACAUUCACAAUCGGGCAGUGUUAAUGCUGUAACUUUACGCCUACAUAUUCCUCGAGCUACUUACAAUAAGGAAGUUGGAAGUGCUCGGAAUAAUCGUUUGCGGAGGUCAAAUGCAUCAUGUGCGGGUGGUUCAAACGCAGCAGCCGUAGCGGCUAUGGCCACCAGUGCUCAGUUGAACAAAGCUUCCUCCUAUCAAUUCCAAGGUGCUCAGACACCCACUGUGGGUUCUUUCCCUAACCCGGCCACAUUAGCGCGUUACGGUCAUACUUCUCCUGGACGAUCAUUGCACCCGGCCCUUUCAACUCCUUCAUCUCUCUCGGUGCGGUACGGCGUUUCUUCUCAGCCGACUUCCGGUCAACUUGCCAGUCAAGGAAGCAGCACUCAAGCCACCUCCAAUGUCGGUCAGAUUCANGAUUCACGUGGGGAAGCCUUUGGAAUGGCUGCCUGUGUCACCAAAAUUCAGGAUUUACCUUUUGACCUGAGCAGCAAUGCAUCCAACGUUUGCCCCAAUUUCCGUCUGGUGGAGUUCUUUAUGAACAACUAUGUCCCCACUCGUGGUUACCGUGGUGCUCGCCAGUGUCUUCUGAUGCACUCCAGAAUGUUGUCUGUAGUAGCUACUGCUACAGCUGCUCUUGCGAAUGGUGCUUUCAACUUUCCACAAACCGUGUCGGCUCUGGGACUGUUCAGUGGUGAGGAUGGAUCUCUGUCCGCUUCAUCUCCGCUGCACAGCACUGCAACAUCGCAUGGCCCGACCGGCAGAAAGGUUAAAAACAAACUGAAAAGCGCUGCCGCAGCUGCUGCGGGUAUAGCUGGAGCUGCGUCUCAGCAAAGCUCUUUGGCGAGUGGAGCGGCAUCCACUGGUGCGGGCAGUGUACCCGACAGCGCCGUCGCGGUCAGUCGUUAUCGGGCCUACCUUGCUUAUCAGGAGCACAAUAUCAACCCGGACACACUGAUUACACCGGCUAUGGUGAUCAAAAAUAAAGAAGAACGCGAAGCCCGCAUGCGAGCAGAAGCGCUUUCCGCUGCCCAGCUGAGCUCUGCUCCUUCCGCUGCAGUUAGUACGAACAGUGCGAUCACCACAACAGCACCAACUAGUGUCUAUCACCCAUCACAGUCUAUCAUUCAUCCUUCAGACUCGGCACAUCCACAAGCGGGACAGUUGUCGCUACAGCUUGAUUCUGGCGGCUCUGGGAUCGUGGCUACUUUACCAAUGAGUUUGAGCGGCAGUCAUUUGUCAUUCACCCAUGCGAGCAAUCAACGCGGGGCUAGUGUAAUGCUGCCCGUUCGAUGUGGCUUCGGUACCCAUUCGCUGGCUUCAGCAAGCACAGUCAUUUCCCUUGCUCACGUCGGCAGCUCCCAGCAACAACAACAGCGCAUUCUCGGGGGCACUUCUGUUUCGUCCGCUCUCACUCCUGGACAGUUACUUUCCCACUCUUCUAAGCAGCAGCAGCAGCAGCAAGUUUUGAAUCCUACAAUGAGUCGCCUGGCACACUAUGGCAGUAAUAGUGCUCUGGAUUUGAUGGGUGCUGGUCCUGGCAACCAUUCUGUAUCCUCUUCAGGUGUCAUCACGUCAACCGGUACAGAUUCCGACGGAAUGAACAAUACUAGUGCCGCUAAUGUCUCCGGUGGUGUAGCUGUCCCCGUUGAUAAUGGAUCUAGCAAUAUUGUGCUCCCUGCAAGUUGGCGAACUUCGUCUGUCUCGAGAAACUUCGGUGUUCAGAAUUCGCGCAUUUCAUCUCUGUCGUGCAACCAAGUACCAAGUUCUACAGCAAUCCCGGUAACGGGUGCCUACCUCACAACCCAAGUGUCCAAGAGCUCGGUGCCAACUAGCUACUUCUUACAGCAACGACCUCAGUUCUUAUCUACUACCCAGGCUUCCUUACCCAGUCGGAGCAUUUUAACCAGUCAUUCCGGAUCCUCCGGUGCAUCUGCCAUGGUAGUUGGUGGUAAUUACGGGUCAUCUGUCACAUCCCUGCCUCACAUCCUACGUCCCAGGAGCGCUCUUCGGGGAUCUGUCAUCCAACCAGCCUUCGUACGGACCAUAGCUGCCACAAGUACUGCAGCUGUGUCUGUUGUUCCACACACACCCGGUCCCCGUCUGUCCAACAGCAACUUUUCGCACAGUCGAGUCAAUUUGGCGGUCUCGUCCAAUAGUGCCCCAAUCUCUCAUCUUCUUAAUUCCCGUACUACCAUUUCACCCGGUAUUCGCACCCAAUCGUCCGCAAUAUUUCAGCAGCUUCGUCCCGGUAAUCAGGUUGGUUCUGGAUCGGGAAGUGCACCAGUUACCUUCAGUUUCAGUAAUCAGUUGGGAAGUGGCGGCGGCGGCGGCGACGGUCGGCAUUAUGUUAGUCAACAUCAAUCCAUACCGAUUCAUCAAACCAACACCGCAGCACCCAACGUGUUUGGGUCUAUGGGUUCUACCGAUUCUAAUACUGGUAGCAAACUUGAAUCCGACUCAUAUAUGUCACGAAUGCAGCAGCCACCCUCCUGA